AAACAGUUUAGAAAUGUUCCAAAGCAUGAUUCUGUACAUGGUUCCCAUUUUCUGCGUAUUAUCUAUCACUACAGUACUUGCUUGUGAUAUUCUUGAUGAUUUCGACAACACCAGAGAUCCAGGAGAUAUCAUCAUUGGAGGUCUCAUUCCAGUACAUGAAAAAGUUGUAAUUGCUAAAAAACCAGAGAGUCAAAAAUGUACAGGGUACGAUGUCCGAGGCUUGAUGAAAGCCCUUGCCUUGAUCCACUCCAUAGAAAUGGUGAAUAAUUCAACUCUAUUGCCUGGAAUCAAACUUGGUUAUGAAAUUUAUGACACUUGCACAGAUCCUACAAAAGCACUAAAAGCAACCUUGAGGUUCCUUUCUAACUCCAACUCCACAGAUAAUUGUGUCAAAGUACAGUGUAACUAUACAGAUUAUCGACCAACAGUCCAGGCAGUUGUAGGAGCUGCUACAUCAGAGGUUAGCAUUGCAAUUGCAAGGUUGUUGAACAUCCAACUGAUACCUCAGAUUAGCUACUCAUCUUCAGCUAAAAUCCUCAGUGAUAAGGCUCGAUUCCCUGCUUUUUUUCGAACAAUUCCAAGUGAUGAGUAUCAAACCAAAGGCAUGGUCAAACUGGUUCAAAUGUUCCAGUGGAACUGGAUUGGAACUAUCGCAAGUGAUGAAGAAUACAGCCGUUCUGGAAUAAAUAAUUUCAUCACACAAGCAGAGCAAGCAGGCAUAUGCAUUGCUUUUCAAGAAGUUAUUCCAUUUUACUCAUCAGUUCAAGUAACUAAUUUCAGAAUAAAAGAAAUAGCAAACAUUAUCAUCAACCAAACAAGAGUGAACGUCAUUGUUAGUUUUGGGAAAAGCUCUCAUGUCGCCCAAUUAUUUAAGGAAUUAAGCAAUCAGAACAUAAGUAAAGUAUGGAUUGCCAGUGACAGUUGGUCAACUAACAGUAACAUUACUCGUUUAGAGAACAUUCAAAAUCUCGGGAAUAUUGUUGGAUUUACAUUUAAGAGUGGAGAUGUUUCCAUGUUUCAAAAUUAUGUGAAAAAUUUACCAAGUAAUCCUAAAAGUUCGAACACAUUUUUAACAGAGUACUAUAACCUUCGAAAACUUUGUGCGCAUGUACAAACCUAUAACUUAGAUUCAUGUCUUUCAAACCAUACACAUCAUGUAAUGGCUAAUAGCCUGCUUACUGUCAACAAUUCCAUGGAGAUACAAUACCAGGAGGAUGAUUUUCUGGUGAAUUAUAUUGACCCAGGUGUUACUUCCAACAUACAGUGGUCGGUGACUGCUCUUGCACAUGCUCUUAAAAUGCUACUAAAAUGUAAUGAAGGAAUUUGCCAGAAGUCAUUCAACUUUGCACCUUGGGAGUUGCUGGAAUACCUGAAGAAAGUAAACAUGACUGAUGGCGGAACAAAGAUUCAUUUUGAUCCUUCAGGCGAUUUAAUGUCUGGAUAUGAUAUCGUGAUGUGGAACUUCACGGAAGGCAAAGUGGAGAUCAAUCGGAAAGUUGCUGAAUAUGAUAUAGAGGAGAAUAAAAUUACAGUGAGAGAUUCAAAGCUCAAUUCUUUAAAGGCUGUGGUGUCUAAGUGCUCAAAGCAGUGCCAGCCAGGACAAAUAAAGUUGUCAUCUGAAAGCCAACAUACAUGUUGUUAUGAUUGCAUAAACUGCACUUUCAAUACUUACUCCAAAACAAAAGAUGCACUGCAAUGUGACUUUUGUUUACCUGAUGAGUGGGCACCAAGUGGAAGUGCACAUUGCUACAAAAAACGCAUCAUAUUUCUUGACUGGAGCAAUGGAUUUUCUAUUGUACUGUUAACUCUUGCAGCUUUUGGAAUUGUUUUAAUCAUUAUAAUAAUUUCCAUCUUUUUCAAGAAUGUCAGUACACCAGCUGUUAAGUCCAAUGGUGGUACCAUAAGCUUCAUUAUGCUCAUCUCUUUGCUGUUCAGUUUUUUAAGUGUUGGCUUUUUCAUUGGAAAACCAAAUGACAUUACUUGCAAUAUCAGACAAUGCUUAUUUGGCAUCAGCUUUACUCUUUCUGUUUCAUGUGCUUUGGCAAAAUCACUUAAAAUUCUACUAGCAUUUGACUUUAAUCCAGCUAAUCAACAUAAUUUGAGGAACUUUUACCAUUCUGGGCUCAUUACAAGUUUCUGUACUGGACUUCAGGUUAUCAUUUGUACAAUGUGGUUGGUGUUCAAUGGACCGAAAAUGCACAAAGAUGAUACCAGAAUGCAAAAGGAAAUUUUGAUAGAAUGUAAUGAGGGUUCUUAUGUGGCAUUUGCUGUUAUGUUAGGAUACAUAGCAUUUCUUGCGCUGAUAUGUUUUAGUUUUGCCUUUAAAGGAAGAAAGUUGCCAGAAAACUACAAUGAAGCUAAAUUUAUUACAUUUAGCAUGUUGAUUUACUUUAUUUCAUGGAUUACCUUUGUACCUGUCUAUGUAACCACUCAUGGCUUGUAUCUCCCAGCAGUGGAAGUAGUUGCAAUUUUAUCUUCCACCUACGGUAUAUUAUGCUGUCAGUUUUUUCCAAAGUGUUACAUUAUUCUGUUUAAGAAAGAAUGUAACACUACCAACUCAUUUUUGAAAAAUUUGUAUGACUAUUCACUAAAAAGCACAAAUCUUAUAACAAACAGUCAACAUUCACUGAACUGCUCAGGACAUAACAAGUCCUGCAAGUCCAUCAAAAGUAACAACAGUCAAAAGAUACUUAGCAUCACUUCUGCUGCACAAAACAAUGGAUUCACUUGUGUGUCAAGGAAGAGAAGUUCUAGUUGGUAAAUGUCGAUUUGCAAAAAUUGACUAAAAAUGUUUUGCACACAGAUUAAAUCACUUCACAUUGAAGCUAUUUUACAUUUGAGUCUACAUUAUGGUCGGUUCAAUCCUGCCCGGUAGCAUUAUUCACUUUGUAAUUUUUGGGCCUUGGUUGCCUAACACAGUGGUUCAGCACAACAAACAAACUGCACUUUUAUGAUAGAUUGGAGAUUGAUUUCCCCACAUUACAAAUGUAACACAUCAGUUCCACGUAGUGGGCAUUAUUAAUUUACAGAAGCAAAGUCACUUCUUACCUCAUACCUGUCCUCCUGAUGAGGAAAUAAUUCAUAUAAUUAAUGAUCAUGGCCGGAGAAGGAAUGUUUAUAAUAUUUCUAAUCUUUCCUACCUUUUUAAAGAUUAGAGUUUAAAUGAUCCAAGUUAUUUGAAUGUAAAAUUUCUAAAUAUUGAGAUUAUUAGAUAUCAGAGGAUGCAUAUAAUGUCAUAUUUUACUACAUAUAUUUUCUAAUAUAUUAAUUUUAUAUCUUAUCCAAUGUGAAACAAUGACUAAGAUUCUUUCUAUAGGAUGCUAUGGAAACAUAAGUAUCAUUUGAAAAUGAAUAUCUCUUAUUCUUAAUUUUCCCUUCUUUAUACCAUCAUUUGCACACCACCACCAAGCAAUUUGCAGUAAUAUAAGGAAGAGCAAAAGCAUCCUUUCAUGAAUGGCAAGGAUGUUAGUUAUCACCCCAAACAGAAGAACAUAUAAAAAGGUGUUGACUCACAUCUUAAUUCCACCUCGUUUUAUAACUUGGGUGGUGCUUGCUGGCCUGUUUUCAGAUCUUUCACAAAGUUUCACUUCUGGGUGAGAUGCUGGUCAGCAAAAAUGCUGACUUUUCUGUCUGAAAGUAAAUGAUGAUGCAUUUAUUUGGUAUGGAAAACCUGCAGGUGAUCCUGAAGUACAUUAUACUUCAUCAUACAGGAUGAUCAACAACUUACAGUUUGUUGACUAUACUUCAGAGAAAGAAAUUUGCCAAAAUAAACUUUGAAAUGGUUUCACCUGCAGCAAUGGUAGAUGGGGUUGAGUAAGCCAGCAAGUUAAUACAGGAAAGGGAUGAGUAACAUGCUACAACCAUUUAUGUAUCAAUCAAAACUACUUUUAAAUUAAUAUGCUAUGGUUUCUGAAAUUUGUAUAAUUAUUGAGUAUAUUGUUUAUUAAUAUCUCAUAUUUAGUGCAAUUGUACUGUAUGGCUAUUAAUAUUGGCCAAUAAAAUCGGCAAAACUAAUGAAAAUGUAGAAACCGGAAAGUCCUAAUAUUCUAAGUAAUAUUGAUAGCACUAGAGUCUAGCCACUAGCAACUUGGAAUCACAUUCAUGUUAAGUAGUUCAAUUAUUACUUUUACAGUUGUGUAUAUUACGCUCUAUUUUUAUUAAUAUAUUUUAAUUUUAAUUUUUAAAUAUAACAAAGUAUGUAUAAA